CAAGAGCAGCAUCAGCAGGAGCAGCCGCAGGAGCAGCGGCAGCAGGCUCGCGGACGGCAGCAGCAGCAACAGGAGCGACCCCGGGUUGCACCCAUGCCGCAGCCGCAGGUACAGCAGCAACGGGCGCAGGCCCGGGUUACGCCUGUAUCGCAGCUGCAGGGACAACAACAGCAACAGCAACAGCAGCAGCCGCAAGAGAAGAGGCCCGGGCUCCGGGGACGCUGGGUCCCCGGUUCUGCUGGGGCUUCCCGCCCCAGCGGUUCUUCUACCACCGUUGGCACAUCAGCAGGUGCCCGGGCGGCAGCGACCUUGGCAUCGACAGCGACGGUGGCAGUAGGUGCGGGACCCUCAGACUCUGCAGGGCUCAGUGCAGCAGCGGCAGCGGCGGUGGCGCCGGUGCUGGGUGCAGCCGCUCCUGACGUAUUGGUGGCGGGGGCACUCGAUGCGGCCGCGUCUGCCACGGCAGCAGCGGGAGCACCGAAGUUAGGCUCGGCCGCGCCCGACUUGUCGGCAGCGGGGGCACCAGAGCUGGGUCCGGCCGCGCCCGACUCGGCGGCAGCGGAGGUGCCGGAGCUGGGUCCGACGGCGCCCGACUCGGCGGCAGCGGAGGCGUUUGAACCUGUGUACCACCUCAAAGUUAUAGCUUAG